AUGACUUUUUGUUUUUCUUUGUAGCAGCACAAUCCGAAACCGAAAACCGAGAACUGAAAGAAAAAAGAAACCGCAAAACGAAAAAAUCUAAAACAAAAGUUAAUAAACUUACUUUAAUAGAAUAUUAAUUUUACUUCGUUUCUAGGCUCCAUUAUAAUAGUGUAAACAAGAAGAUAUCCUUACAAUGAUGGACGUUCUACAGAAGCAUUUGUCUAAAAUUCGCGUGCCCUGCGAAAACCAAAGUAUUUACAAGGAUGAGUGUAUGUUUUCAUAUGAUAACCCAGAAACCCCUACCGGUCUUUACGUUAACCUUACCACGUUCCUCAGUUUCGGUGAGGAAUUUAUUAAGCCGUACUUUAACAAAACGGGCAAUGGGGUGUUCUUGCAUAUUCGAAGAGAAAAAACAAGACUUCCCGAGAGCGAUGCGGAAAAAAUCGAUAUCUCCGCUGGGCCCGAGCGAAAGAUUACUCGCCUAGCAAUUGGGGUUGAAGGCGGUGCCGAUCUAAAGAGCCAGAAGUAUUCAUACAAGGACACAUAUCAGAUUGUUGUGGUCCCAGAGAUGACAAAGCUCCCCUAUCCAAAUGUUGAUUUGCCCCUAAUAGUCCAGCAGUCGGUGGAGGCGCUGCUCGUUGCGGAGUCGGCUAUAUCCAAACUGGAAAAGCAAACUAUGACUGGAACAUGGGACGGCGAGGUCCGUCAAGUGUCAAAAUACGCCCAUGAUCUGAAGCAACAGGAUAAUGGCAAAAAAAUUCCACCCACAGGCUGGAAAUGUGAAAAAUGUGAUCUCACCAACAAUCUCUGGUUGAACCUUACUGAUGGUUCCAUUCUGUGCGGACGUAAGUUUUUCGAUGGAUCGGGAGGAAAUGAUCACGCCGUUGAGUAUUACAAGCAAACAAGCUUUCCGCUUGCUGUUAAGCUGGGCACCAUCACUGCCGAUGGCAAAGCAGAUGUAUUCAGCUAUCCAGAAGACGAUAUGGUCAUCGAUCCAAACCUAAAUGAGCAUCUUAGCCAUUUUGGCAUAAACAUGACUGCCAUGCAAAAAAGCGAAAAGUCCAUGGUUGAACUGGAACUCGACAUUAAUCAACGCAUUGGCGAAUGGAGCCAACUUACUGAGAGCGAAAGCGAACUGACGCCCUUGGCUGGCCCUGGCCUGACGGGAAUGCGAAAUCUGGGAAAUUCCUGCUAUAUGAACAGUGUUAUGCAGGUUAUAUUUACCAUUCCAGAUUUUAUUAAACGCUUCGUGGACGGAGCAUCAAAGUAUUUCGAUGCUUUUCCCCAAGACCCGGCCAAUGACUUCAACAUCCAAACUGCCAAAUUGGGUACCGGUCUGUGGAGUGGCAAAUACAGUUCGAUUGCAGAGAACACUCUGGACACAGAAUCGACCGGUAUUUCUCCAGCGAUGUUUAAAAAUAUAAUCGGCAAGAAUCACCCAGAUUUCAGCACGAAGCAACAACAAGACGCAUGCGAAUUUUUCCUUUACUUUCUAAAUUUGUUGGAGCGCAACAGCCGAGGUGGUGGCCCUGGUCAAGCAAACCCCUCUGAUGCUUUAUUGUUCUGCCUUGAAGAUAGGUUCGAGUGCGGAGAGAGCAAAAAAGUAAAAUACACGAAACGUGAGGAAUUCUGCCUGCCGCUGAUUAUUCCACUGUCGGCAGCAACGAAUCAGGACGAAGUUCAAGAGUAUCAAGAGAAGCUAGCUUCGAGUGGAAAACCCAAUACCGGUGAAAACGUUGUCCGUCCGAAAAUAUCGCUUCAAGCGUGUCUGGAUAACUAUUUCCAAACCGAAAUAAUCGAACAGUUCUUCAGCUCGGCUAUAAAUGGGAUGACUACUGCUAAGAAGACCACACGAUUGGCUUCAAUGCCCGAUUAUAUGAUGCUACAUCUGAAGAAGUUCACCCUUCGUGAAGAUUGGGUUCCAAUCAAAUUGGACGUCUCUGUGGACAUGCCAGCAGAAUUGGAUCUAUCUGUUAUGCGUUCAAGUGGAUUGCAACCAAAUGAAGAAACCCUGCCAAACGAUGUAGAGAAAGUGCCCGAGGUCAAGUUCGACCAGGCAGUCAUGAGUGAGCUCCUAGUAAUGGGAUUCCCUGAAGAGGCUUGCAAGCGAGCUAUUUUCAAUACCAAAAAUGCAGGGUUAGAUGUUGCCACCCAAUGGAUAAUGGAGCACAUUUGUGAUGCCGAUUUUGCAGCACCAUUCACUGUGCCUGGUAUCAAUAAGACCAAGGCUUUCCAACCGAAUGAAGAAAGUCUUGCCAUGCUCAUGAGCAUGGGAUUCAAUGAAAAACAAGCCACUGCAGCAUUAAAAGCUACAGACAAUAAUAUUGAACGAGCAACUGAUUGGAUAUUUUCUCAUGCCGAUUCGUUAGACAGUUUGCCAAGCGGAAUGGAGGAAGAUGAUGCUUCCGCGGAUGCGGCUGCACCAGCUUCAAAGACGUAUCGUGAUGGCGACGGCAAAUACUCGCUGGUAGCUUUCAUUUCUCAUAUGGGCACUUCGUCACAAGUUGGACAUUAUGUUUGUCACAUCAAAAAGGACAACCAAUGGGUUAUUUUCAAUGACAGUAAAGUUGCAGUAUCACAGAAUCCGCCAAAGGAUCUGGGCUACUUGUAUCUAUACAAGCGUCAAAAUUAAUAUACGUACUAUUUUGGUUUAUACUUCGACUUGCCUAAAAACACUCAUUUAAUAGAUACAAAUGCGUGACACAGAAUUCGAAAAGUGAUGAGAAGUUAAUUUAAUAAAUUUUGCAUUUUAAUUUUAUUUCCAUUUUAUUAAAUUUGGCUUUUUUGUUUUGUUUCAAAACAAUUUAAAAAAAAACUUUUAAAAAAUAAAUCAGCAUUUAAAAUAGAAAACAAA